UGACAGAAGAAGCGCAACACGUGGGUUUACGAGAGGUAACGUUAGUAGGACACACGUUCAGAACGUACAGCUAUAUUUAUUUGAUCAAUUUUAUAUUUAAUAAUGACAGAGGGAAAAUCACCAGAGAAGCCGGCGAAAAACCUGCUGGCUCUGAAUCCAAAAGAAGACGCAGAGUUUCAGAAGAAGGUUCAGCAAGUAAAGAAACGUCCUAAAACGGGUCAGUCGCUUUCUCCUGGAGUACUUUAUGUUGGUCAUCUGCCUCGAGGAUUGUUUGAACCUCAAUUAAAAUCUUACUUUGGGCAGUUUGGCAGAGUCACACAAACAAGAGUUUCCAGGAGUAAAAAGACCGGACGGAGCAAAGGCUAUGGAUUUGUGGAGUUUGAGUGUGACGAGGUGGCUAAGAUUGUGGCUGAGACCAUGAACAACUACCUUAUCGGAGAACGGCUCAUAAAGAGUCACGUGGUGCCACCUGAGAAGGUCCAUGAAAAGCUAUUUGUUGGUUCCAGGUUGGGCUUCAAGAAGCCGAAGCAGCCUGCAGUUGCUCGUUAUAACAAACAGCAUGCUAAAGAUGAUCUGAAGAAAACUGGUACAAGGCUUUUAAGCAAAGAGUCGAAGCUACGCAAGAGACUGGCGGCAAAGGGCAUUGACUAUGAUUUCCCAGGAUUUGCAGCUCAGAUUCCAGCCAAGAAAGCCCAAUCAGAAGCCAAUGUUUCAUUAUGCAGCGAGGAUGUCACUCCAGUGUGCACCCCAUCAGUUUUGGAGAGGAGGAAGUCAAUCAGAGUUGAGGACAAUGAUGUUGAUGACGAAAUAGUCAUCAAAGCCAAAUCAGUUCCAGAAAACUGCAAGGAUGUGGAAGAUGGUGAAGAGGAGCAUACGGCUUAAAAGGAGAAUUUAAUAACUUAUAAAAAGACUUAAAUCCCUGUUUUAGAAGGGACACUGGACUCACUUUUUUCAGAGCCAUUUGUACGUGUUUAGUUCUCAGUCCUCCCCAGCGGCUGGAGAAGAGGAUCACAUGUUUUGAGGAGUGUUUUAUGCAGAUGUACCGAUUGCCUUUAUGGGGUACGAUUAUACGAUGUGGUCUCCCAGAGGUUGCUAAAGUCCAAUUGACUGUGUAAUACACAAAUUAUAUUUGUUGGUAAUUUGAAAAUUAAAUGGGAGAAUGGAUGUCAUUGUAUUUGACACAUUAUUUUAUGUAUUCUGUCUAGUACUAUCUUCAGACAUGUAGCUUUGCAAUGUUGGUAAAACAUGCUUAACCCAUAAAAAUGGGGAUCAAAUCAAUUUAUUUGGUGCUUUUUAAAGCUAUUUUGACUGGUGGCUUUUUAAAGCUAUUUUUUACAAAAACUGUGGUUUGUGUAAAUUAUCACUGUGAAGAUGCUUACAUGUAAGUUAAGAGGGAUCAUGGAAGAAUUAAAGAUAAAGAAUAACCACUA